UUGCUUGCUGACAUCACUGCAUUCAUUAGCAUUCAGCAGAGGCGAGCUCUGCAACAAGCUCACAUUCUGGCACAGGGAGAGAGCGAGCUGGCAAUUAUACUCCGUAGGGCUGAGUAUUUCCUUUUACAAGAUCUUGGAGAGCAAAUUGGACAUAACAUCGCUCCUACUACAAAGGGUCAUUUAAUAGAAGAAAAGAAACACUGAGCGCCCUUGUGUGCCCUGGGUCUUGAGCGGAAUUAUCCUGGAAAGAAAAGAAGGAGAUUUUGGGGGAAAAAAAGGGGGGAGUUCUUCUUAAAAGAGGGCAGGAAUCACACUUGUCCUGCUGAUGGCUUGCACAGUAGACUUCUUCUUCUUCUUCUCAGCCAGCAGCCUGCUGCUUGAUGUGUGGCUCUGCUCUCAAGGGCUUUGACUGAAGCCCCACUGCUCAUUUCAGCUCAAGUGACUCCCAAUGUCCUGUCAAGCUGAGCAGCAGAGCAGAAGGCUGGAUGGGCAAGUCUGUGUGAGGCUGGAGCAGCAUGGAAGAGGAGAGCAGCACUAAGGAGCAAAGUCUCUGAGGAGCUGGGAGCCGUGUCCUCUGCCUGGGAUCUGAGAGGCUCUGCAGCUGGAAGAUCUGCUUGCAUUGUAAGUGCUCACGGGAGGAGCACAGCGCCACCGCGAUGCCUUUGGAGAUGGAGAAGACCAUGAACAAGUUGAUGUUUGACUUUCAGAGGAACUCGACGUCUGACGAUGACUCGGGCUGCGCUCUGGAGGAAUACGCCUGGAUCCCUCCCGGACUGAAACCAGAACAGGUUCACCAGUAUUACAGCUGCUUACCCGAAGAUAAAGUCCCCUAUGUAAACAGCCCCGGUGAGAAGUCGAGGAUCAAACAGCUUCUACACCAGCUGCCUCCACAUGACAAUGAAGUUCGCUACUGCAAUUCUCUGGAUGAGGAAGAGAAGAGGGAGCUCAAGCUGUUCAGCAACCAAAGAAAACGGGAGAAUUUGGGAAGAGGGAAUGUCAGGCCUUUUCCCGUCACCAUGACAGGAGCCAUCUGUGAACAGUGUGGAGGACAGAUUAAUGGAGGGGACAUAGCCGUCUUUGCCUCUAGAGCCGGGCACGGCAUUUGUUGGCAUCCGCAGUGUUUCGUAUGCACGAUAUGCAAUGAACUGCUGGUUGACCUUAUAUACUUCUAUCAAGAUGGGAAGAUCUACUGCGGCAGACAUCAUGCUGAGUGCUUGAAACCCCGAUGUGCAGCUUGUGAUGAGAUUAUUUUUGCAGACGAAUGUACAGAAGCGGAGGGAAGACACUGGCAUAUGAAACACUUUUGCUGCUUUGAAUGUGAAACAGUGCUUGGUGGUCAGAGAUACAUCAUGAAAGAAGGACGUCCGUACUGCUGUAACUGCUUCGAGUCCUUAUAUGCCGAGUAUUGUGACACCUGUGCACAGCAUAUAGGUAUUGACCAGGGGCAAAUGACCUAUGAUGGCCAACAUUGGCAUGCAACAGAGAACUGUUUUUGUUGCGCCCACUGCAAAAAAUCACUUUUGGGACGUCCUUUUUUGCCAAAGCAAGGGCAGAUAUUCUGCUCAAGAGCAUGCAGUGUGGGUGAAGAUCCUAACGGCUCUGAUUCUUCAGAUUCUGCCUUCCAAAAUGCCAGAGCAAAGGAAUCAAGACGUAGCGCAAAGAUUGGCAAGAACAAAGCCAAGCUCGAAGACAGCAACAUGAAUCCAUUACACGUAGCUUCUAAUAGACUUUCCACCGACGUCGAUCCUCUCUCUUUGCAGAUGGAUUUGCUUAGUGUAUCAAGUCAAAACCCAAGUCUGAACCGGGACCAGCUAUGGAGAAGCAGAGAUGAACUUUACCACUAUAAUAACAAGAUGGAGAGAAGCCAAUCUCAAAGUCCUCUCCAGCUCCUCAGUCAGUGUAACAUAAGGACUUCUUACAGUCCUGGACAGGGGGCAGGAGCUCAGCCAGACAUGUGGGCUAAGCAUUUCAGUAACCAAAAACGAAGCUUGUCAAUGAUGAGUCACAGCGAGAGCUUCUCUCAGGAAGGCAAAGAGUACUACCAAGGUAGACUAAGACAGCAGGAGAGCUUUAGUGAUGCCAGUAGUCACAGUUUUAAUGAGGCAAGGUCAAGUCUGAGAGUUCCAGAAGGCAAAAACAUGAAUUCACAGCAGUGUCGAACAAGACAUCCAAUCAAUGCACUUAAAUUCACAGAAGGGUUAACCCCAACAGAACAAACCCCUAGAGGUUCCAUGGAGUCUCUUGCUCUGUCCAAUGCAACAGCACAGCCCUCUAGUUUCUUUGAAGCUGAUAGUCAUCCAGCCGGGCUUGUGGCAGCAGCGUGUGGCAGCGGCAGAGCCUGGUCGGGAGAACUGGAUCGGGAUAUCCUAGGUGCAUCUAUGGAUGGGGGUCCUAAACGUCAGGAGCAUCUCUCUCGUUUUUCAAUGCCAGAUUUGAGCAAAGACUCUGGAAUGAACGUUUCAGAAAAACUGAGCAACAUGGGAACCCUUAACUCUUCUUCUCAGUUCCGAAGUGUAGAGUCUGUGCGGAGUCUUCUUUCUGCACAACAGUAUCAAGAUAUGGCUCACAACCUUGGUGAUCUUGCCAAACCUGGCAAAUACAGGGACUUGUUAUCUCAUGGAAGAAUGCACCAGUCAUUUCAGUUUGAUGAUGGUAUGAAUGACCUGGCUGCCCAGGGUAAUGUGAAGAUGACACCUAUGAGUGAAAGGACAAGGAGGAGAACCCAAUCGCGAGAUAAUGAUCGACAUCAUCGGCAAAGGAGGUCAAGACGUUCCCGCUCUGACAACGCUCUCCACCUGGCCACAGAACAGUGUAGUAAGAUAAAAGACAAACCACUGCUGAGAGCCAGGGAGGACUAUGAAAGACUGAUGCAACAAAGAGGAGGACGUGAUCAGAUGGAUCAAGUUCUCCGAAGAGAAAUGUACAACCGGUAUCAAAGGACUGCUUCUGAUCUCGCUUUACAAAACCAUCUCUGUGAACGUUGGGGAGCACAAAUGAAUGAAUAUGAUUGGUGCUCCACGUGUUCAUCUUCUUCAGAAUCAGAUAAUGAAGGAUAUUUCCUAGGAGAGCCAAUUCCACAGCCUACCCGCCUGAGAUAUGUGACCAGUGAAGACCUUAUCCAUCAGUAUGCCCAAUGCUCUGGAGGCAUACCCAAGUCUUCCACUUUGGGUGGACGAGGACAAUUGCAUAGCAGGAAAAGGAGGAAGAGCAAAAAUUGUAUUAUUUCCUAGUGUUGAACCAUAAAGCCACAGUUUUACCAUGUAAAUUAGAUACCCUAGUGGGCCGGUCCACAAUUUGAACACUAUUGUUUUAUAACAAAAGAAAAUGAAGUCCUUGUACAAUGCCUUCCCCUCCCCUGGUCCUUGAGUAUAUGCGACCUGAGACUGAUUUACGAGAUAGGCUUGGUAAAUAGUUAUGAUUGUUGAUAUAGUGAAUUUUGGGUUUUAUUGCACAUUUCACUUUAUUUCCUCAAUAGUUCAGUCCGCCAAAAACAAAAAAAAUACUGCCUUGCUUUUGUUCCACCUAGAGAAUAUAAUCUACUUUUGAAUGUAUGCCGUACCCAGAUGUACAGUAUGCUGCUUGACCCCUACCCUUGUACUACAAACUAUGUGUUUUUUUUUGUUUUUGGGCACUAGUAUUAUUUUCAAGUAUUUUAAGGAUCAGAUAAGGCUAAACUUUAAGUUAUUUAAGCACUCAUUGUAAAUGGUAUGUAAAUGAAAGUUCUGAAAAACUAUUUUUGUAUUUUGUAAUAUGAAAUGAGUCUAUAUGUUUUAGAACCAUGGAUAUAAUGGACCUGCAUGCCGAGCUCAUAAAAAAGAAAAAAAGAGUCUGGUUGGUUUAACUUUCCAAAGUGUGUAAUUUAUACUUUUGGGAUGCGUGGACGUAAUGUUCAGAUUUCAGCGGUCAAGCAAUAGUACAAAUGAAAGCCUUCUCCAUCCAGAACAUAAAAGUUGUGUUUGGCAGGUAUGAGUUUAGCACCUUACAGAAAUGAUUUUACUUUUUUCCUUUAAAAGAAAUAUAUAUUGUAUCUAUAGAUAUAAGCAUACAUUUAUGCAACAAGUUGACUUCAGGCAAAGUAAUGUAGUAGUUACGAAAUCAUUUACCAAAGUUUGAGAACAUUCUUAUUAUGAUGUGGGAAUCAAGUCCAAAAAGUUCAGUAUGGUAUACAGUAUUUCUGUAAAAUACUUACCACCAUUUUGACCCACAUUAAAUUCAGGGUUAGGCGAUGUUCAAAAAGUUGUAUUAAAAUCUACAAAUGUAAGAAGUUUUUUUUUUCAUUUUACCCACCAAAAACCAUUACUUUAUUUCACAAAAAUUCCAGCAUCUGAUUUCAGGACACAAAUCCUUAAGGAUUCCAGAAGUCAGGCACUUGACAAUCUAAUCUCUGGGCAAUACGCUUCUAGACUGACCAGGUAUUCGUGAGAGUCACAAGCCUUAUGUUAAGAUUUCAGAUAGUUAAUGUUGGCAACAAUCGGUCAUUGACCGAGAGUUGGUUACAGCCACUCCCGAUUUAGUAAAUCCUGCCCUUUAAAAUAAUAUGUAUACUUUAAUGAUAACUCCACUCAAAAUGUUCGAUUGCUAAGGUACCUUGAGAAAGUAGAAAACAGAUAAGAGGAUUUUGGGUAAAGGAAGUGGAUAGUUUUGGGGUAUUUUAUUUCGCAAAUUUAAGUUAAACGUUUACUUGCCUUUAAGUUAAACAUUUACUUGCCUUUUUUUUUUUUUUUUUAGAAAUCUUGAAGACAUAUCAACACUCAACCAAGUGGCCUCUAUGGUCCAGCUUGGUUGUUUUGAAAAAUAAAAAUAGGUUGGAAAAUUACUGUGGGGAGUUCAAAAAGUUAUCCAGUAAAUUUUAAUUCUACAAUCUUACGGUUAUCAUUUCUUUAAAGAUUUUAAAGAUGACUAUUUCAUAUAUUGCUUUAUGUGCUUUACAUUUUAGGUGGAGUUAUCUUUAGUGCAGCAAAAAGUUUCCAUUCCCAAAAACAUUUACUCCUUCGCUUCAGUUGUAUAAACUGAAAUGUCAUGAUUGCUGCAGAAUCUCCCUGUUAUUACUCUGUCUACGUCUAAACAUCAUAUAUUGUACUAAGUUAGGGCACAGUUUCACCAGUUCCAGGAGUCAGGUAGACAACAAGAGUAGAAAUUUGCUGCCAGUGCCUAACUUUUUGAAAUGUUUACUGAUGAUGUCUGUGAAAGUGUGAAAGUUUUUUAUUUUGUAUUUUUUUUUUGGCUUGGCUACUAAAAAUUUAGAAGUUGACUCUUAGCUUCUACACUGAAUUAGGGGAACUUUUUUGUAGUAGCAAGAACAUUGUUUAAUAUCCAUGCCAGACCACUUUUUUUUUUUUACAAUACUUGAUUGCACAAAGAUCCAGUUCCACAGGUGUCCACUUUUAUUCUUCUUUUUAGAAUUAGGUCAAGUUAACCCAUGGCCACCACACAAAUACGACCUACUGAACAUGCCAACAAUUCAUCCUACUAGAAAAGUUUUUGGAACUUUCUGAGUGUCUAUAUAAAGCCAUAGAGUUGUGUCCAGUCUGUGUACAUAUGUAAAGCCACAUUCAUGACUACUUUUGAGCUUCUGCAGCAACUGUGAACAUGACAUGAGUUGACCCCAUCAGUGGAAUAUCAAACCUUCAUGGUGGCCCUAGCCUACAAGAGUCAAGAAACAUCUGCUGGUCAAGCUGAAAUGCACCGUACUUCAUAAACCCAUUCCUAAGGCUUGAAUUUCUCCCCAGCUCCAGCUACAUACGCUAGUUACUUCGAGGUGACUCGUUAACGUGAGUUAUACCUAUAAUUCCAGUGAACUUGCUGUAUCCAAAACCCGACCGAGGAGUCCAUGUGACAUGAUGUACAGUAGUUUUACGUUGUUGAAUUUCAAGUAGAUGUUAAAAACUUAAAUUGCAAAUGGUGCCGUUCUGUUUUAUCCGCCUCAGAUUGUGAAUUGUACUAUGCUCUGUGACUUGAGAUAUUUAACCUGCUUUCAUUUUUUACUGUAAGAGUGAAAGAAAAUGGAUCAUUGCUGCUUUUCUACACGGGGUCUUCUCCUGCCUCCUCACUCAGAGGGCAGGGUCGAAAUACAGAACAAGUAUCAGAAGUAGUUUGUGCGUAAUUGUACUGGACACAUGCGUUUUGCUUUUUAUGCUUUGAACUGCAAAAAUCUUGUGCUAUUUGCAGGGUGUUCAACAUCAUUUGCUGUUCAGAUUUAAAUAUUAAAACAUAUUCAUUGUCCUUGAUAAAAA